UAUAUACAACAAAAAUAUCAUCAGCUGUUUUGUUUGUAUUGUGAGAACUGUCCAGGAAAUUGAGGAAGAUAUGGAUGAAAUGGAAGUAAUUUGUGAUGUGAAAGAAGAAAUUAUUGAUGAGGAAGAUCUCUGUCGGCUUUGUGCGGAGAAAUCUUUCAUGUACUGUUCGAUCCUCCAGGAGAAUCUUCAUGAAUCUCUAUCGCAAAACUUUGGGUUGUCUAUCAACCCUGCGGAUAAUUGGCCAAAAGCUGUGUGCAGGAAGUGCAUGGAAACUGCUAAAAUAUGCCUGGAUUUCCUCUCAAUUGCCCGGAAGGCUGAGACAACAUUCCAGACAAUCUAUGGGGAUGCGGUGGAUCCUCUUUUACCCAAACACGACAUUGAGAUUAUUGAUAUGAAGGAAUUGUCAAAAGAUUCUCAAUCUAAUGAAGAUAUUUUCCACGAUGAAAAUCCGGAAAUUUCUCCAAAUUUCGCUGUGAAGGAGGAAGCUGAAGACGAUGAUGAUGCUGAAGUAGUUAAGUUUACUACAGUGUUGACCAAGUCUAUUGAAGAGCAAAUGGAACAUAAUCAGGGGGAAUCAAAUGAUGUUGUUGCUGAUGACAUGAUGACGCUUUCUCCGGAAGUUAAAGAGGAGCAAGAGGAUAAACCAAUUGAAGAAAAUAGCGGGAAUUUAGAAGCAAAAGAGACAUUUAUAUCGCUUCAGCCAACUCCUCGGGUCAUGACUGUUCGUGAUCCUAAAGAAAUUGAGGAGGAGAACAGAAAAUUGCGAGCAUUUUACGACAUGAGGUGCCCUAAUUGCAAGGAGCCAUUUGAUGAUCUUCUCGUUUUGAUAAAACACUACAAGAAGGUUCAUCGUCAUCCAGGUUUCUUUAAAUGCCACUGCGGGCGUAAGAUAAAAAAUCGAACUACACUUGUUACCCAUAUGAACGAACACAUCAACCCUAAGGCACAUAAAUGCCCCCAUUGCGAUAAAGGAUAUACAAGUAAGAGUUCCCUAAAAUAUCACAUAAGCACCCACAACAAACCAAAGCCAGUGGAAGAGGAUAAGAAAGGCUCAGACGAAGAUGCAGAGACUGACAAGGAGGAGGAAGAUGCAAAACUUCGAGAAUUCUACGAACUAAAAUGCUUCAUCUGCGAGGAAUCCUUUGAAAAGUUUCCACAAUUGUUCAAUCACUGCCAGAAGGUUCACCAAGCGAAAGCCUUCAUCGAGUGUUGCGAAAAGAAUUACUAUUCAAGGGCUUGUUUGCUGAAUCACAUGAAUUAUCACAUCUACCCCGAUGGAUUCAAGUGCCCAGAAUGCACGAGAUCCUUCCAUAAAAGGAAAAGCUUGCGUAGUCAUAUGCUCAAUCAGCACACACCAAAGGAUCAGCGUAAAUACAAAUGUCCUGAUUGUGAUAAAACCUUCAUGACAUCAACUGCCUUCAAUCUGCACUCGAGGAAACACUACGACUGGCAAAAGCGUGGAUUUGCAUGCAAAUUUUGCCAAGUCAGACGAACCUUUGAGUCCCCUAUUCUCCUGCAGAAGCACAUCCGUCACUACCAUAGUGAGGAAUCAAUUGAAAAAUUCGUCUGUGACACAUGUGGGCGAGAGUUUAGAACACGUACAAGUUUCAAGAAGCACAUGGCUUUUCACUUAACCACGGAAUCAUGCCCGAUUUGCAAGAAGAAAUUCAAUUCGAAAAAUUGGUUGGAUCGCCACUACAAGAAGCAUUUUGAGGACAAACCAACGUAUCUCUGUGAUAUUUGUGGGAAAGUUUCAGCGAGUUAUGAUUCCCAAAGGGCCCAUUUGAAGGUUCACCUGAGGCGGGAGCGAAAGAUGCGAGAGAAGGAAAAUUCUCAAAAGGAAAAUGCUCAAAAAGAAAAUUACCAGAAGGCGGAAGAACACGAAAAUCAAUCAGAAGAAUUGCCUAAAUAAGGGUACAUUCGAUACCAUUUAAGUUUGAAAUAAUAAAAGAGAGGAAUUAAUUCCCUGAAUGCUCUGAAGUGAAGAAAAGAAA